AUGGAUAUCAUAGAAAUAUUAAUAACAGGUCCUGAUGGUACAUCAUAUUUAAAUGGAUGUUUUAUAUUUGAUGUUCAUUUUUCAAAUGAAUAUCCAACAACACCACCAUCAUGUAAUUUAGAAACAACAGAAAUUCAUACAGUUAGAUUUAAUCCUAAUUUAUAUAAUGAUGAAAAAGUACGUUUAAGUAUAUUAAAUACAUGGCAUGGUCGACCAGAAGAAAAAUGGAAUGUAACAUCAACAUUUUUACAAGUUCUCGUCUCUAUUCAAUCUCUUAUAUUGAUACCUGAACCUUAUUGUAAUCAACCUGGUUAUGAACGUACAUAUGGUACAGCAACUGGUACUGCUCAAUCACUUGAAUAUGAUGCUAAUGUUCGGCAAGCAACAGUUUGA